GGGGGGGGCAGCCGGCCGGGGAACUUCACUGACAGCACUCCGGGCCCUGUGCCACUCGCUGCGGCUUCGCUGUCCCCUCUGCGCCCGGGAGAGGCAGGCGGCCCGUUCUCAAGUCCUAGCCCCUCGCAGGAGCAGGAGUAUAUAGCCAGUGGGGCUGCAGGGGCAGGCGUGAGGCAAGACCCCAGCCUCCGCCGGCGGGGUUUAACUCCGGGUGCUCCCUGCUUAGGAUAAUGGGGACGCAAAUGUCCCGCCACUCUCUAGCCCAGGGGGAAGCAUCCCAAUAAACAGGGCAACCGCCCGGGUCCGGGGCUCAGACCCGAAGCAGCUGCAGCGAAUGCUGACCCUCUGUGAGCGGUGUCUCGCCGCCGAGCACGCAGGGAAGGAAGCGCUGGAGGAGCCCAGCUGUGGCCUCAGCAAGCACUUCAGCCCCGGCUCCCACCCGCAGAGGAUGCAUUUCAGCACCGUCACCAGAGACAUGGAAGCCAUCUCCAGCCCCUGGCUCACCCAGCUGUCCCAUUUUUGCGAUGUUGCAGCUUUCACGGCCAACAGCCUGAGCAGCCUGAACGCCUCCGGCGGCUACCACCUCUCCCCUUCCCCGGGGGACCCCUACGGGCAGCCCGAGCCGCCGCACUACGAGCCCUGCUCGGCCCAGCAGCACCCGCACCAGCACGGCUACCGGUUCGGGGGCGGCCCGGGCUCGGGCCCCAACCCGCUGCAGCCCGGCCCGGAGCCACCCGAGAGCGGCGGCGGCGCGGCUGCUUCGGGCUGCUCAGCUGCGCCGGCGGCCAAAGCGCCUGUCAAGAAGAACCCCAAGGUGGCCAAUGUGAGCGUGCAGCUGGAGAUGAAGGCACUGUGGGACGAGUUCAACCAGCUGGGCACCGAGAUGAUCGUCACCAAGGCGGGCAGGCGCAUGUUCCCCACCUUCCAGGUGAAGAUCUUUGGAAUGGACCCCAUGGCUGAUUACAUGUUGUUAAUGGAUUUUGUACCCGUGGACGACAAAAGAUAUCGAUAUGCCUUCCACAGCUCCUCCUGGCUGGUGGCCGGCAAAGCUGACCCUGCUACUCCAGGGAGAGUUCAUUAUCACCCCGACUCUCCUGCUAAAGGAGCCCAGUGGAUGAAACAAAUAGUAUCCUUCGAUAAACUGAAGCUGACCAACAAUUUAUUGGAUGACAACGGGCACAUCAUUUUGAACUCCAUGCACAGAUACCAGCCCCGUUUUCAUGUGGUCUACGUGGACCCCAGGAAGGACAGCGAGAAGUAUGCGGAGGAGAACUUUAAAACAUUUGUGUUCGAGGAGACCCGCUUCACCGCCGUGACCGCCUAUCAGAAUCACAGGAUAACACAACUCAAGAUUGCCAGCAACCCCUUCGCUAAAGGAUUCAGAGACUGUGACCCAGAAGACUGGCCCAGGAAUCACAGACCAGGGGCCCUUCCUCUGAUGAGUGCUUUUGCCAGGUCCAGGAAUCCAGUAUCUUCCCCUGCACAUCAGAAUGGGACUGAGAAAGACGCUGCGGAGAGCCGACGGGAGUACGAGCGGGAAGCGGCCAGCGGGACCCCUCUCCACGCCGACCCCGCGCACCAGCAGCUCAUGUCGCGGGUGCUGAGCCCGGCCCUGCCCGUCCCCGGCGCGGGGGGUCUCGUCCAGCUGAGCAGCCCGCCCGGGAACCGGCCCAGCCCCCCGCACCACGAACUGCGGCUGGAGCCCCCCGCCUCGGAGCCCCUGCACCACCACCCCUACAAGUACCCGGCGGCGGCCUACGACCACUACCUGGGGGCGAAGAGCCGGCCCGCCCCCUACCCCCUACCCAGCAUCCGGGGCCACGGCUACCACCACCACCACCACCACCACCACAUGGGCCCGCCGGCGGCCAACGUGUACUCCUCGGCGGGCGCGCCGCCCAGCUAUGACUACGGGCCGCGGUAACCCGCCCGCCCCCUGCCCGCCCUGCCCUGCCCUGCCCUGCAUGGUGUGCGCCCCCCGGCCGCCCCGAGCGCCUACC